GAUGACCGAGAUUCAAAAACACCGGCAAAGCGACAUCCACCAGCAAGCCGCCAACGGCCACCUGCAACAGACCCAUGCUAGGGCUACCUGAGAGACGUUACUAUUGUGGUUUAGUAUUGGACAGUCUAUGGGAUGAUUAGGUUUGCUAAACAGAGAACACUGUGUUGACAAAAGGAGUGUCAGCAGCAAGACUAGGCGCUCUUGGAAUAAAAGAAAAAGAGGCGCCCAAAUCUGUCCCUUCCGUGGACGGGUCCCCUCCUCGCGCUUUGAGCGCCACUCUCGCGGAGCUAUCGCAACAAUGGACUCAGGGCUCCACGGGGAGCUCACUUUGUGUGCCAUAUCUCAAUGGGUCAGGGGUGUAUAUGCCUCGUAACGUGUGUUCUUUCCCAUGUUAACAUCGUUCUCUGGUAGUGUUUCCUUCACUCGCGUUUGGUAGGUCCAGAGUGAUAGGACUGAAGAUGCCAGGACGGAACAGGUACAAUCUGGUGGACGAUGUCGCGGAUUCGCGGGUCCCCCUCCAUAACGAAGAGGCGUACCAACACGGGAUACAUUUUCAAGCUAAGUAUGUGGGCAGUCUGGAUGUUCCCAGGCCCAACAGUCGUAUGGAGAUCGUAGCAGCCAUGAGGAGGAUCAGGUAUGAGUUCAAGGCCAAGAACAUCAAGAAGAAAAAAGUAAGCAUCAUCGUGUCUGUGGACGGAGUCAAGGUGGUCCUCCGGAAGAAACAGAAGAGGAAAGAGUGGACCUGGGACGAGAGCAAGAUGCUGAUCAUGUCUGACCCCAUAUACAGGAUCUUCUACGUGUCCCAUGACUCCCAGGACCUGAAGAUCUUCAGCUACAUCGCCAGAGAUGGCUCCAACAACUCCUUCAGGUGUAACGUCUUCAAAUCCAAGAAGAAGACCCAGGCCAUGCGUAUAGUGCGUACGGUGGGCCAGGCGUUUGAGGUGUGUCAUAAGCUUAGUCUGCAGCACGCCCAUCAGGGUAUAGAUGGACAGGCAGAUGGAGAGAGUGACAAGUCCACAGAGGACACCCCCGCUGAGGGUCGUCAGUUGACAGGGGCGGAGGAGGAGGAGGAGGAGGGGUGUGGAGAGGAAGGGGAGCCCCAGGCACAGUCCCAGUCUGUGUGUGAGCAGGCGGUCAACGAGAUCCUCCAGAGUCUGGCCCAACUCAACGUGGUCCAGCCUGGACACACCAUCAUGGACUAUGAGAGCCGCUCCAGCUACAUGGUGUCUCCGAAUGGCGUGGUUUCUCCCAGCAGCCCCUGCUCUCCAUUUCUCACCCCGCUGGCGGCGCAUCACUACCUCCAGCUUCUCCAACAGCAGAUCCAGCAGCAGCAGCAACACACACAGGUGGCCGUCGCACAGGUGCAGCUCCUGAAGGAUCAGAUGUCAGUGGAGACCGCAGCUCGUGUAGAGGCCCAGGCUCGUGUCCACCAGCUGCUACUACAGAACAGAGACCUGCUCCAGCACCUGUCCCUGCUGGUCACACAGCUCAAACACCUGGAGAGCAAGGCACCGGGACAGGGACCGGGGGAGAGACACACAGCUGGACUGGGACAGGGGGAGAGACAGGGUCACAAUGAUCAGGAGUCGUCAUGGACGACCAGGUCUCUGUCACUCAACCUGAAAAACCAUUACAGCUUGAGCAGCAUGGACCAGCCCAUCACCUCCACCCCUGCAGGGCCACUCCAAAAAAAAAAAGUCACCGCUUCCCAGGUGGACGGUGCCGAGUCCUACCUCAACCUCCUCAACGUGGAGAAUGGGACCAAACCACUGGGCUCUCAAAACGGGGGGGAGGCGGAGACAGACACACUCAUCAGAAGAACAUCCAAUGGGAAGCCAGGGCGGAGAGACAGCUCGGAAGUGUCGUCAAAUGAGAUUGUGCGGUUCGAAACAAGGAAUUUGACAGCCCUGGAUGAAAGGUUUAAACAGAUCAUCCCUAAAUUGGACCCGCCUCCCCCAUCCUUCAACCGUAAGCGAGCCAGCCGAACUGUCUCUCCGGGGUUGGAGUUCAACCCGCUGACCAUGCCCCUGACCACACAAGUAGACGGGAAUGGUAGCGUUCCGAGCCGGAGCGAGAGCCUGUCCUUCGCAGACAUCACACCCUGCUCCCUCUCUUCCGGACUCUCAGGAGACUUCCACCAGCUCAGCAAUGGAGGCGGCGAGAGCGGCUCGUGCGGCUCAGCUAGCGAGGAUUCCGGCGUCCGCUCCGAGACUAAAUCGCAUCUCUCGCCCCUCCACGACAAAGAGGACCCGUUUGGUGACAGUGGGACGUUCCUGACUGCCUCUAGCGGCUGUGGCAGCCCCCUAGAAGACAUGAAGGGGGAAACUGCACCCCUGUCAUGCGUCACCACCACCCCAGGCACACACGCGGACAGCUACGAGCACACGCUCCCCUUCUCCUCCCCCAUCAAUGACACCUGUCUGCACAUCAGCUUCUCAGAGGAUGAGUUGCUGGACAGCAGCCCUGAGGACUCUAGUGUCCCACAACAGAGCUAGGAAGACGGGCUGGGAGAGCUACUACAGGCCAUGACCUCAUUUGAGGCCUCUGGGGCUGGGGGCUCCUAGCUGACUGACACUGAUGCUGCAACAGACACCACACAAUAAAAUUACUGACACAGACUGUUAUCAGAGCUUCUAACGCACUUUGAAAUGCAAUAGUGUUUUGUAGGCCUCAUUCGGUCCAUAUUCCUGAAAUGUUGAGUAAGCUGGAUUUCAAGACUAGUUUCUGUCCUUUCACAACACACAGCUGGACAGAAUUGCGCAUGGCCUGAACAUACUUCAACACAUUCACAGAAAUGGAACAUAAAAUGAUCUACUAUUCUAGAAAUUAUUGCCAUAUGGACAGAUCCUACUAUUUUUAUAGAGAAUAAUGAUUUUAUUUGUUAUUAGUAAAUAAGUAGAGAAUUGAGAAUAAUCAUGUAGCAGAAGUCUUUCACUGUUAAUGUAGCCUAUAGUGUCAGUGACAAGUUAGUAGUCAAGAUGCUUUAAAUGUAUUUCAUUACAUACUCUCAACUCAUUUACAGGGUUUUCAACAUCACCCAAGCAUUACUGAAAUCGAAGUGACAUACUGUAGGAAUGUUGUGGGAACAUUGUGGGAAAGUUGUGAGUGAAGAUUGUAUGUGAAGUGCUGUGGCGUUGAGAACAGCUGCCCUCUCUCAGGCAUCCGACUAUGAAGAGUUAUGAAGAGUUAUGAAGAGUUAUGAAGAGUUAUGAAAAAAGGAACAGGGAAGUGAUAGAAAAGGAACAGCGAAUGGAAGAGAAGUGGUGAUGGAACUGUGUUUGUGUGUGUUUGGUCACUCACACUCAUACUCACAGUGUGGUAGUUUGAUGAUGUGUGUUUGGUCACUCACACUCAUACUCACAGUGUGGUAGUUUGAUGAUGUGUGUUUGGUCACUCACUCAUACUCACAGUGUGGUAGUUUGAUGAUGUGUGUUUGGUCACUCACACUCAUACUCACAGUGUGGUAGUUUGAUGAUGUGUGUUUGGUCACUCACUCAUACUCACAGUGUGGUAGUUUGAUGAUGUGUGUUUGGUCACUCACACUCAUACUCACAGUGUGGUAGUUUGAUGAUGUGUGUUUGCACAUUAUGUUUGGUUUUGGAAUGUUGUACACCACUCCUAUAGCCUUCAGACCACACAGUUUAAAAAUAAGAAAAGGUUGAUUUUUCAACAUGCCAACAUGAUUAGUUGAAUGUUGGUUUUAGGGCUAGAAGAGCCACGUGAUUGGCUGAAUGUUGGUUUUAGGGCUAGAAGACGCAACAUAAUUGGCUGAUUGUUGGUUUUAGGGCUAGAAGAGCCAACGUGAUUGGCUGAAUGUUGGUUUUAGGGCUAGUAAACAGCUCUGAUCUGAAAAGCUGGCCAAUGGCCUGACAAGCAGUGAAACCUAACAGAUGGUUCCAAGUGGAUGGUGUUUUUACAUGAGUGGUGAGGCAUGAAAGGUUUAAUAGCCCCUCUUAAUGGCAAAAGGUUUUCAGGGAUUUUUAGCUUUGAUCAAAAGACCCACAGAGUGGAACGAUAAUUGGGAAUCAGCGAGAGGCCUCAGGAGAAAAGACAAACUCACUGAUGAAUUAUAUCUCUCUCUAUUUCACUUUCUCUAUUUAUCUAUCUCUCUGAAGUCCUGAAUGACAGGGUAUUUUUGCUAAGCCUGAGAGUUUGGGUCUCAGUUUAAAUGAAGGAGAUAGUGACAUUGCUGCUGAGUGUUUGUUCAUUGUGCUGAAUGGGAGGAAGCGAAAGAUAGAAGAAAAAAAAUGAAAGAGAAAAAAGUGUCAUAACAGGAUAAUAACAGGGUCAGUUCAGUAAUUGUCUAUAAACAUAGUCUCAUGGUGAGAAACAUGGCGAUUGUCUCAUCUCCAUACUUACACAGGCUUUCUGUAUGACAACUACAACAAUAACAGAUAUAUUUUAUAUGCAUGACUAGUCUAGGGGUUUAUUCCUGGUCAGGUCACAUGGUCAAGAACAACUCCUGGCCUUAUGAGACUGAGUUAAACUGACGACUUCAAAUGAACAAUAGAACCUACUCUAAAUGUGGGCUUAUUCUGGAUGGCAGGUUGAGGUGAUGACGAGGUGGUUAAGGAGAGAUAUGAUUGGACGGUAGUACAGGUGUCGACUGGUGAUUGGCAAGAAGGAAUCGGAGGAGCUGAAGAGAGGGCGGAUUUUCUUUCCAACACUUUGAAGGAGAGAAAAAUACAGCAAUAAUAAAGGAAUGAGUGAAUGAAUAAAAGACGAGUUGAACAACUGCUGUAUUCACCUGUUAUUCUUUCUCUUGAAUGACUCUAGUUCCUCAUUCAAAAUAGGGUUUCUUUGGUCUCUUUGAUUCUCAACUACACAUAUACAGCGUUCCAAAUGGCCCCUUAUAACCUAUAUAGUGCACUUGGGGGUAGUGGGGUGCCAUUUGGGAUGCGGUCAUUAAGUUUAUAUAUACAGCAUAAAGAGAGGAGCAGUCAUGAAGACAGGACUUUCAGAAAGGAACUGAGGGACAAGCAGAGACACAUAGAAAGAGUCAUUUUUAGAGAAUAACAAUGUAUGACUUUAAUUUCCCAUAAAUUACGUACAUUAACAGAUGGGUAAUGUGGCCUUCCGAGUGGCGCAGCGGUAUAAGGCACUGCAUCG